GGUUGGUUUAUUAUAGAAAUACACUAUUGUGUCUUUCUUUCUUCUUUAUUUAUUUAUUUUUUGCCGGCUUCGAAUGUAUUUAUACAUGUGAUUGUAUUAUUAAUCUUGCCCAAGUAGUGGGAUUAAUAUAUCAUAAAUCAUAGUGUAUUCUUGCAUAUAUUUUUUUUUUUGCGUAUAUAUAUUUCUUAGUGUAAGUGAAUUCUUGGCAUGCAUAUAUAAGAUCGUCACUUUCUUAUUAUUAAGAAAAUUAAUUUAUAAAGGAAAAUCAAGAAGAUAUAAAAUCUAUAAUAUAGAUAUCUGGCUAUAUAUUGUUAUUCUUUAUGUACUGAAUCUUCACGAGUACUAAUGAUAAUCUCAUUUUAUAUUUUGAAUUUGCAGAAAGAAAUUACAUAAAUUAGCAAACAAAAAUGGCCCAACAGUUAUCGCAGUCGGCUCUAAAGAAGAAGAUACUGUUCAUCAGUGAGAAGGAAAUUAGCCAGGAAGAUGUGGCAGCUGAAGAAACCUUCGAUGAUCAGAAGUUGAUCAAGACUGAAAUAAUCUAUGAUGAUCAGAAUAAGCUGAUCAAGAGUGAUCAACUGCAAGCUGGGCAAGAUUGCAAUGCCACCUUUGAUCCUGUUAAGAGAAUUGCCUGUGGAUUUAAGCACUUUCUCAUCCAUAAAUUCUACAAGUAUCCAGAAAUUUUUCGUCAACUUGCCGAAGCACAACAUCCCAAGUUUCUCGUGUUUGCUUGUUCGGAUUCUCGAGUGAGUCCUUCCAACAUAUUGAAUUUUCAACCAGGAGAAGCUUUUAUGGCUCGUAACAUUGCUAAUUUGAUUCCAUCUUUUGACAAGUUUAAAUAUUCUGGAGUUGGAGCAAUCAUUGAAUAUGCGGUAACACAGCUCAAGGUUGAAAAUAUUUUGGUGAUUGGUCAUAGUCGUUGUGGUGGAAUAAAAAGGCUUAUGUCUCAUCCUGAAGAUGGUUCAGUUCCCUUUGACUUUAUAGAUAAUUGGGUCCAAAUUGCUCAAUCGGCCAAGGACAAAGUCAAAGCUGAGCACAGCCAUUUACCCUUUGAGGAACAAUGUGAAAUAUGUGCUGAGGAAGCUGUGGACUUGUCUCUAAAGAAUCUGCAUACUUAUCCCUAUGUUAAAAGGGCAGUUGAAGAGAAAAAGAUAGCACUUAGGGGUGGAUACUAUGAUUUUGUGGUUGGAACUUUCAAGCUUUGGGAACUUGCAUGAGUGAAACAUUUAUUAACUAAUUUCAUCUUGAAGUGUGAAUUUGUCACAACUUAUGUAUUAAUAAUGUGUGCUUAACUUAAUUGUAGUAUGCUACGUAGUUAAGCAUAUAUCUCUGCCUUUUUAUAAACUAUUAAUAAAUAAGAAAAGUGGUCACUUCUUGCUUUUCUUUAAGUUUA